AUGCCUCUGUACACAAAGCUGCUCAAUGACGCUUCCGAAUUCGAUUUCGUUAUUGCCGGUGGCGGUACGGCUGGCUGCAUCGUGGCCGCACGGUUAGCCGAUGCGAGCCCAGAGCUGUCAAUCCUGGUCGUCGAGUCCGGCCCAAACAACCGCAAUGAUCCGGAUAUCGUGCACCCUCCGUUUUUCCACUCUAAUCUCAAACCAUGCAAGCACAAACUCCUUUAUUACGAGGGGAAAACGUCAUCGCAUUUGGCAGGAAGGAAUCCCAUCGUGUCCACCGGUGGCCUGCUUGGCGGCGGCUCUUCGGUCAACGCCAUGAUGUAUACCCGCGCCCAGGGCUGCGACUUCGAUUCUUGGAACACGCCUGGCUGGUCAGCAGACGAUUUGUUGCCGUUUCUGAAGAAGCUCGAGACAUAUCAUGGCCCUGGAGCCAGUCAGCAUCAUGGAUACGACGGGCCUGUGAACGUAGCUGAUGGCACCUACCGUUGCAAAAGAUUCGAAGACGACAUUCUAGCAGCGGCCGAAAAAGUCGGCUAUCCCGAGUUGACAGAUCUUCAGGACCUGAACUCUAACAAUGGCUUCAGUCGCUGGCUGCGCUACGUGAGUCCAGACGGCAGGCGACAGGACACUGCUCACACAUACCUGCACCCGAAGCUCGAGGGCGGGAAGCACCCAAACCUACACGUUCUUGUUGAGUCGCAGGUCCUGCGCGUCCUUUUCGAAGAUAACACAGCCGUCGGCAUCGAAUACCGGCCCAACCCCGACUUUCAAGCCAUGAUGCCUCUAACGAUGACGCCCGUUCGGACAGUCAGGGCACGGCGGAUGGUGAUUGUGUCAUGCGGCGCUCUCGCGACGCCGCUGCUCCUCGAGCGUUCCGGGGUGGGCGAUGCGCGCAUCCUACAGCGCGCCGGGGUGCCAGUGGUGGCGGACCUUCCCGGGGUCGGCCACGACUACCAGGACCAUCAUCUUGUGUACUACCCGUACAAGACCGACCUAGAGCCUGAAGAGACGCUCGAUGGACUUCUGGCAGGGCGCGAGGACCCUCAGACGCUGAUCGAUAACAAAUCGAUGAAGAUGGGGUGGAACGGCACGGACAUUGGCUCCAAGCUGCGCCCUACGGAGGCUGAUGUUACCGCCAUGGGCCCGGCCUUUCGCGAAGCCUGGGACCGAGACUUCAAGAGCGUUCCGAGCAAGCCUCUGAUGCUCACGGCUGCUUUCUCAUAUCCAUACUCACGUGGCCACAUCCACAUCACCGGACCAAGCAUCACCGACCCAAUCGACUUCGACGCCGGCAUUCUUUCAGACAAGAGUGAUAUCGACUUGAAGAAGCACGUUUGGGCAUACAAGAAACAGCGCGAGAUCAUGCGCCGCACGAAGAUGUACCGGGGCGAGAUCGCGUCCGGCCACCCACGGUUCGCAUCUGACUCUGAAGCUGCGUGUGACGAAGACGGCAGCGGCGGGGUUGGCCAUGACGGAGCAGGUGAUAGCAGAUACACGCCCGAGGACGAUGCGGCCAUCGAGGCCUGGGUACGUGAGAACGUGGCGACUACCUGGCACUCGCUGGGGACUGCCAAAAUGGCGCCGGUCGGUCGUCUUGGAGUCGUUGACGAGGCUCUUGGAGUACAUGGCCUUCGAGGCCUGAAGUUGGCUGAUCUGAGUAUAGUUCCCGAGAAUGUCGGCGCGAACACGGCGAACACCGCAAUGGUCAUUGGCGAGAAGGCAGCGGACAUUGUUAUAAGAGAAUUGGGUCUCGCACAUGCUUGA